AACAUAGACUCCAUAUAAAGAAACAGUGGUCUGUCUUGAAAAUAAUCACUCAAAUAAAUAACUGUCAUAAUAUGUCUGGCUGUUAUUUUUCCCCUAGGCAUAAUGUCAAGUGGAGGCAGCCAGCGGUCACAGGCCUUUACCAAGCCCAGUUUUACUGAGGUACAAGCCUCUGCACUGGUCGAAUCAGUAUUUGGGUUCAAAGUUUCUAAGAUCCAGCCACUCCCCAGCUAUGAUGACCAAAACUUUCACGUUCGCAUUUCGAGACCCAAAGACACUACAGAUGACCCAGUUGACUAUGUCCUCAAAAUCAGCAACACGGAAUCUAGUAAAACGCCAGACCUGAUUGAAAUGCAGAACCACAUUAUCAUGUUUCUGAGAGCAGCCGGGUUCCCAACAGCCUCUGUGUGCCCAACUAAAGCAGACAACACAAUCUCGCUCGUGUCCAUUGACAGUGGAUCUGAAAUCAAAAGCUACUUGGUGAGAAUGCUCACUUUCCUCCCAGGAAGACCGAUAGCCGAGGUCACCGUCAGCUACCAGCAGCUGUAUGAAAUAGGAAGGCUAGCUGCCCGGCUGGAUAAAACACUGGAGGAAUUCCAUCACCCAAAGUUAAAUCUUCUUCGCCGAGAGAACUUCAUCUGGAAUCUGAAAAACGUUCCUCUUCUAGAGAAAUACAUGGGCGCCCUGAGCCAGAGUCGAAACCGGGAGAUUAUUGAGCAGGUGGUCCAGCUGUUCAAGGAAGAAGUAAUGACCAAAUUAAGUCAUUUCCGAGAAUGUAUUAACCAUGGUGAUCUCAAUGACCAUAACAUUUUAGUAGACCUCAGCAAGGCAGCCUCUGGAGAUGCUGUCUAUCACGUCUCGGGGAUUUUAGACUUUGGUGACAUGAGCUAUGGCUACUAUGUGUUUGAAGCCGCGAUCACCAUCAUGUACAUGAUGAUUGAAAGCACAAAUCCUAUGCAAGUAGGGGGGCAUGUCCUCGCGGGCUUUGAGAGUGUGAUCCCAUUGACCCCAGAAGAGAGGAGCACUUUGUUUUUACUUGUAUGCAGUCGUUUCUGUCAGUCUCUUGUCAUGGCUGAAUACUCCUGCCAGCUGUACCCGGAGAACAAAGAGUACCUUAUGAUUACAGCCAAAACGGGAUGGAAGCAUUUACAGCAGAUGUUUGACAUGGGCCAGAAAGCCAUAGAAGAAAUCUGGUUUGAAACUGCCAAAUCCUAUGAAUCUGGGAUCGCCAUGUGA